AUGGGCGGAAUGAACCACGACGAUUUCGCGAAUGUUUCGUGGCAGAGUGAUCCUGCAGGUCAGGCAGAUCGUUCCGCUGCAAGCGUAGAAGGGGGGCCAGGGGGAGACAAAAGCGAGAGAGUUCAUGAGCAGCUGGGUGGUAAUGCGGAUGCGAUGGACCUCGCUGGAGUUGGAGAAGGAACCUUAGAAUGCACCGUUACCCAGCCUCUGAAAGAGAACGAUGGCUCUAAAGAUGCUUAUGUAUCGUAUCUGGUUACCACAACUACAAACUUCCCCUCCUUCCAAAAGCCAGUUACGAAUGUGCGCCGACGAUUUACAGACUUCGUUUUUCUCUACAAAACCCUCUCGAAAGAAUACCCAGCUUGCGCUGUACCGCCACUUCCAGACAAGCAUAAGAUGGAAUAUGUGAGAGGCGACCGAUUUGGAUCAGACUUCACGUCACGUCGCGCGAAUUCCCUGCAUCGAUUUCUUACCCGAUUAGCGCUUCAUCCUGUUCUUCGAAGAAGUGCGCUUCUCAUCAUCUUCCUCGAAAGCUCGGAUUGGAAUGCUACCAUGAAGACCCGACCUCAGCGAGGCUCCUCAGCGUCCGAGCAAGGCGCUUCCGGAGUCUUUGAUAAUUUUACAGACACCUUUAUAAAUGCUUUCACGAAGGUCGGCAAACCGGAUAGGCGAUUCAUUGAGGUUAGGGAAAGGUCGGAUAAGCUGGAUGAGGAUUUAGGACAUGUAGAGAAAAUAGUGGCCCGUGUCGCUAGAAGAGAAGGAGAUAUUGAAACGGAUUUGAAGGAUCUCGCCGAACAAUUUCAAAAGCUCAUCACGCUGGAGCCUGGGGUCGAGCCUUCUGUGCAUGCUUUUUCAGCAAGCGUGGAAGAUACGUCAGCUGGUAUGAGAACACUGAAAGACCAUACGGACCAGGAUUAUCUCGGAAGCUUGCGAGAUAUGCAGGCAUACAGCACCGCGGUAAAGAAUUUAUUAAAAGCUCGAGAGCAAAAGCAGCUGGAUUUCGAACAGUUGACAGAAUAUCUUACGAAGUCUACGACAGAUAGGGAUUACCUAGCGUCUCCUGGCGGGGCACAUUCAGGAACUGCUGGUUUUAUUCGGAGCAAGAUUGAAGAUGUGCGUGGUGUGGACCAUGAACAAUCGCGGCGUGAGAGACUUCGAAAGCUGGAACUAAGAAUAGAGGCUCUUACGGCUGGAGUUGAAGAUGCCAAGAAGACCACUGAAGCUUUUGAUGAGGAGGUUGUUCGGGAAGUUCAGGAUUUUGAGAGAAUCAAGCGAAUCGAAUUCAAGACACAAUUUGGGGCUUUGGCCGAUGCACAUGUGGACUUUUACGGGAAUACCAUCGAGAUAUGGGAGCGGUACGUCAAAGAAAUGGAAAAUCUUGGGGCACCAUUGGCUUAG